UUGACAGUUUGCUUAGAUAUAAAAAACGAUUUGUUUUGGCGUAGUGUAUAAUCAUUAGCAAAUAAAACGAUUUUAUUUCAAGUUAAUUGAUAAGAAAUAGUCAAUCAAUAGUGCAAGUAGUGUUGUGCGAAGUGAAUUUUGCCUGGAAAUGAUUGGUAAAUUUUUAAAAUGCGUUCCACGAAUGUAAUCUAAUGUAGUGAAAAGAUACAUCGCAGUAACCUGGAAGAAACAGUGCUUUCUCCUGCGAACAACACUAAGAAGUAGUGAAAAUAACAAUCAAAAUCAAAUCCCAUUCAACACAGGCGACUACGUUUAUCAAUUGGCCCAGUGAAGGAUUCAAAAUGAGAUCAGUUUGCCUACAGGUUGUAAAGUGUUUCCUGUACUUGGUGCUUCUGUUGGUUUUCAUUCUCUUCAGUUUUGCUUCGCGUGUGCUGUUUGUAUGAAUCGACCUCCCCGGUUCUACGGACGCGGUUCGGUUUGAUUCUGCUUCUUUAUCAGUCGGAGGUACCCACCCAGAUCAGAAAGUCAACAAUCCCAGUGUGACUCACGUAACAUAGAAAUCAUUGUACAUCUAACCAAUGAAGCAAGAAUAACCUGAAAGUCAAAAAUUGCGCAAAUAAUUAUGCUCGCGAACCUAAUCAGGCGGACAAUCCCGAUUUCGUGUAGCCCGUUAGCACCAUCCCCAGAGCCGGCGACGGUAAGCACAGCCCGUGCUUCCCAGCCAGAGCAAUAAUAUGGUCGAAGAAGAUGAAAUCCGUUCUGCCGUUCACUCGAUGUAUAGCCAACAGUAUCAGCAGUACCAGCAGCAGUUCAUGUCUGCUGGUCCUGCAGCAGUGCCGCCACCACCACUGUCACAUCACUCGUUCAGCUCGACGGGGAUGCCAGGCAACGCAGGAUUGCCACGAUCACAGUCCCAUAUGGUUAAUCUGUUGAGCGAAGACUUCAUAGCCGGCUACAUGGACGAGGGACGGAUGUCGGUUGUUCGCAGAUUCUUCUGUCUGUUCGUUACCUUCGAUGUUGUGUUCAUCUCGUUGCUGUGGAUAAUUUGUGUGAUGAUAACCGGUGACAACAUCGUGCAUGCCCUGCAAACCCAAGUCGUUCACUAUACGAUCUACACAUCGCUGUUCGACGUGGUGGUGUCUGCGCUGUUGCGAUUUUUGUUUUUAAUCUUAUUUUAUGGAUUGUGUCAUCUGAAUCAUUGGAUUGUUAUUGCGCUGUCUACCACCGGAUCGUGCGCCUUUUUAAUCUACAAAGUGUUUGUAUACAACUGGACAGCUACGCCACAGCCCGUUUUCGAGGUUCUGCUAAUUGUUGUUUCGUUCGUGCUGGCAUGGGGAGAAGCUUGGUUUUUGGACUGCCGGGUGAUACCACAGGAGCGCUACGCCAGAAACUACUAUGUUGCGUUGACCAAUCCAGCGGCGGAGUCCCGAACCCCUCUAUUGGCACCGUUCCUGAGUGGGGUCAUGAGUGGGCGAACCGAGAGCGUGGGGAACUUCUACUCUCCGUACGAUUCCAUCCACAACAGUGACGACGAGGAGGAUGCACAGGAUGAGGAAUUCAAAAAGAUGGGCGUCGAAUGCGUUCGCAAUGCUUACGAACUGCUCGAGUCGACGAAUUGGAAGGUGGAAAAGAUCACCUCCAAAGGUGAUACCAUCCAAAGCUGCACUCGGGAUAAAAUAGGAAAAAUCUAUAAAUUAACGGCAAAAAUUCACUAUCCUGCCAAGAAGUUGCUACAGGAGCUGUAUUACAAGAUCGAGGAUGUUCCGAAGUGGAAUCCCACGUUGUUGGAGUCGAAGAUCAUCCGGAAAAUCGACAGUCAUACGGAUAUAUCCUAUCAGGCGACGAUUGGCGGUGGGGGUGGAGUCGUGAAGUGUCGUGACUUUGUAAAUCUUCGGUGUUGGCAAUUGUGUCGCGAUGGACGUGUGAUAGAGGGCGUCGAUAUACAUCCAACAAACUCUCUAGCUCCGCUGUUGACUCCCGUUACUGAAGAGGUUGGUGAUAACAGCGGUGACAAUGAUGAGGAUGACGACGAAGUUGUGGAUGGUGCUGAUAGCGAUGAUGAGUGUAUUUUGGAAAUGCCAUCACCCAAGAUGUCCAAAUCGUGUAGUGAAUUUAAGCUGGAAAGUAGUAGUACUAGUGAUAGCAAUGAGCAAGCAACGAAAAGAGCAUUUUCUUCGUUGAGUAAAAGUUUGGGUGCGCAGGACUUCCAGCACGGUGGAGCUGGUGGUGCCAAUUCCGAUCCGGAGGAUGUGUUCUCGGAUGCGCUGACUGAGCACCAGGAUCGAGUGAGUGAAUCUGUUAAGGUGAAUCCAGGGAAGAGCCGCAGAAGACCUCGAGCUGGCGACGAGGUACAAAAGGGCGGAAAUGUAUACGUGAGUGCCGCAAUCAGUAUCGAUUAUCCUGGUGCUCCGUGUUCUAAUAAAUAUAUUAGAGGUGAAAACAAAGUGUCGUGCUGGGCGAUGCGUGAGAUUGAUAAUCAAAAGGAGUACUGUAUAUUCGAAUGGCUGCUCUGUUUGGACUUGAAGGGCUAUAUUCCACGUUAUGUAUUAGAUACUGCCUAUACAACUUUAAUGCAAGACUACAUGACUCAUCUCCGCAACUACGUGACGGAGCUUCGGAAACAAGGAAAAGUGCCUGCAGCAGCCGAUCAACGACCCGCCCCUAAUUCCACCAAACUCCCGACCGGUGGUCCGAAAGCUUCCUAGUUUAUUACCAAUUAGUCAAAAGAAAUUGAAACAAAAAUAGAAAUUCUAUUUAGUUUAAUUUAUCCAACAAGUCAAUUAUAUUGCAAUUGCUAGCUAGUUUAUAUUUUACCCCCGGUUGAUUUUCGUUUGCAUAAUUUCGCCGCAAUUCAUUCGUGAAUGCGUGAUGGAGUUCUUUUAUCAUGCUUUCAUUGAAACACUCAUCCUUAUGCUGGUCAAUAGCAAACUAGAAUAUAUUAGGAUUCAAUUGCGAUUUUCAUCUUCUGCGUACUGAUUGGUUCACUUCGGAAAACGAAAGGACUGUUAUUCACUAGGAGAACUUAUUCCAAUAGCUAAACUAAGAUGUGCAUUUACCUUACAAAAGGAUCAUGGGCCUCACCGUUCACAAACAAUAGUCAAAGUAUAUUGUUAACGUAAUAUGUUUUUUUUUCCUUGGCAAAGCUCUCAAUCACACACCGAAACUGAUCAAAACACAUUCUUAGCAAUCAGAAUAAUCGUUUUCCCGUGGCGUAUUUUGUACUUUGUGAUAUAAAUACAUUUAUUCUAUACACAACGAGGGAGGACGUUGGCAGA